ACAACCAAACCCAAAUGGGUCCUCUUAAAAACCACCCUCUUUUAAUUUCCAAACUAUUUUUCUUAUUCAUCACAUAAUAAUAAUAAUAAUAAUUAAUCGUAAAGUUUUCAAAACGAAUACAAAAAACAUGGGUGCGAUUGCCGCAGCAGCCCCUCUUCAUGUUCUUGCUGUUGAUGACAGCAAUCUUGAUAGAAAACUUAUUGAAAGAUUGUUAAAGACUUUUUCUUACCAUGUUACUGCUGUUGAUUCUGGAACCAAGGCUUUGGAAUUUUUGGGUUUGCAAGAUGUUGAAGAGUUCACAUCUUUUUCUCCUAACCCUGAAGUGGAGGUGAAUUUGGUAAUUACAGACUAUUGUAUGCCCGGGAUGACUGGUUAUGAGCUUUUGCGAAAGAUCAAGGAAUCAACAUCACUGAAAGACAUACCGGUUGUGAUUAUGUCCUCUGAUAAUAUUCCAGCAAGGAUAAAUAGAUGCUUAGAAGAGGGAGCUGAACAGUUUUUCCUUAAACCUGUGAGAUUGUCUGAUGUUGACAAGCUGAAACCUUACCUCUCUAAGAACAAGAGGAAUGCAACAGCCGAGGAAGAAAGUGUUUUGAUUGACAAAUCCACAACAAAGCUUGAUGAGGAAGAACGACAGGUGUUUUCCAAGGAUCAAUCUUGCUAACAAUACUCCCAAUUAGAUUUCCAAGAUCCAUGUGAUUUCAAUAUUUGAUGUUAUCUUUGACCAUUUUGGGUUUCAUGAUUUAUCUCAAAACAAAUUGGUAAAACGCAGCUGUAUGAACUGCAAAUCUUCUGUUUGUUAUUUGUUUGUUUGUUCUAUUUAGCAGUGCUUGUCCAUUUAGUAUCACAUAUCUUACAAGACAUUAACCCCCUCGAUGAUUUUGUAUGCACUAGCAAUCUAUAAUGAACCCGAUCCCGUGGGAUCUACUUUGUUUUGCGGUCGACUAUGAAUGAUGGUGGCACGACUUAUUUCAAAUACUUAUAUGAUGAUUCAAGUUA